AGUAAUCACCAGGAGGCAAUACGUCUUGUCCCGGGGGAGCCGGACACCAUGUUUGUAAUGUGCAGGGCGGCUCUGGCGCGUCCAGCGCGUCUUUACGCACGGCGCCGGCCAUUAAAGACAGCCUCGCCAUGAGACCGGCAGCUCUCCAGACCACACCGAGCAGGUCGCUGCUGCAGACGGCUGGAAGAUGUCGCUGGCGGUGAGAGGCCCCUCCAAGAACUGGUCUCAGUGCUCCACUCGUCUCUGGAGACUCUCCCCCCAUCUCUUCCUCUGCCUGUCGCUGGUCGGGUACGCAGCCUUGGGCGCGGUGCUUUUCCAGUACAUCGAAGGAUCGAGUAACUAUACUAUCAGCGAGGAAUACUACGAGUUCUUAGGGCGGAUCGUGGACAGAGUGCAGGAUCUCACAAAGAACGCGUCCGUCACGCAGCGGGACAUAGCGAAGACCGUGUCGGAUGAGAUCAGCAAGAACUUCCAGACCAUCUGGCUGCAGCAGCCGGAGAGGUGGACCUUCUACGGCUCCAUGUUCUUCUGCUGCACCGUGUUCACCACAGUUGGUUAUGGGGAGAUCUACCCGGUGACCCUACCAGGCAAGGUGGUAUGUAUCUUAUAUGCCAUGGUGGGAAUUCCCCUCAUGCUUCUGGUCAUCAGUGAUGUAGGAGACAUCCUCGCCAUGCUGCUGUCCCAGGCUUACCUCCACCUCCAUUCCCUUUGCCAUCGAUUCCGGUCCCCAAGACUUUUCCCAGCCAAGGUGGAGAAUUCGGCCCCCCGGGCACUAGAGGACGGCACCUUUGUCUUCAGCCAUGACGUGGAGGUGCACAAGCCCAUAGACAUCCGCCAAGUUCUGCACAGCCAGGCAGACGUGAAGCACAAGUCGCUCCAACUGCAAAACAACAAAGAGAUCUUUGAGAAGAUUCUCACCCGGGAGAACUUCCUCACACAGGGCCCACUGAUCAGGUCUUGCUCCUGCCCUGCCCUGGACAGCCUGCCACAGCCGCCGAAGGGCUACUCCAUGUGGGAUUUCAGCGGCAUAGGUGACGAUAUGGAACAACUGAAUGUGCCCUUUGUGCUGAUUCUCAUUGUGGUGUUCACCUACAUUCUCUUCGGUGGACUGAUUCUCCCAGUCUGGGAAACCGAGUUCAAGGACUUUGACCCUUUCUACUUCUGUUUUAUCACACUCACUACCAUUGGCUUCGGGGAUAUUGUGCCCAAGCACCCCAAGUACUUCAUGCUCACCUCUCUUUUCAUUAUCGCCGGCAUGGCCAUCAUGUCGAUGGCUUUCAAACUGGGUCAGUCGCGCAUCGUCAGCUGCUAUCACCAGUGCAUCCAAUUCAUGAGCAGAGGAAAGGUGAAGACCUUCCAAAAUGCAGAGGACAACAGCUAAAUAUACAGCUUUGCAGCACGUCACACAGGUCACAGUGGCCCAUUUACGGGAGUCGGUGUCAUGGUAAUGUGGGACUUUUGUGUUAAGCAUGAGCAAAAAAUUAAACAUUGUGCAUGCAACUGAAGCUUUUGUCCAGUGGCGCUGACAAGUGACCAGAAUCAUGUAUCUCAAGAAGAAUGUAGAAAUCUGUGUAGUCGGAUGUUCUGUCAGAAGGUCGGCCUUCAGUUGUACUAUAGAUGAGCUGUAGAUGUACUAUAUUACUACAUGUACUGUAUAGUACUACCCUAAAUCACUAUGUCCUGCUCUAUGGUUUUCAAACUACUGUCAGUUUACUAAUAAUAAUAAAUUUUUAUUUGUGGGCGCCUUUCAGAGCACU